AUGAAGGCAGCCUUUUUCGUUCUUGCUUCCCUUUGUUCUGGCGGCGCACUUGGUAGUGCACUGUCCUCCGACAAAGCCAUUCUCCUCCACGACGGUACCUCGAAGACCGUCGAUAAGAGAGACCUGCGUGCCCACUUACCUGGUGUCUCUCUCUCGCCACCUACCAACUCUCUCCCGAGCUUCAUUGAAACAGGGAAUGACCAUUCCGCGCCCUCGAGCCGUCUGAGAAAGCGCGACGGUGCACAGUUCAUCAUCCCCCUUCCUGACGAAGAAUUCCUCGGCUGGGACAUCUCCAUGUCCACCAUCGUCCAUGCCAACGAAGCCGAAGCCACCGUCGCUAUGGCACAGGGCCAGAUGGUCGCCAACGGCAUCACCGUUGGGUCGUCGUUCCAGGCAACCGUCGAGAAAUUCCUACAAGUCGGCUACAGUAUCGAUGUUUCGUAUACCGAGACUGCAACCCUCACCGGCACGGUCACCAUGACAAUUCCGGAGAACAGAUGGGGUGCUAUCGUCAGCAACCCAUUGACCCUGCGCAAAAAGGGAUAUGUUUUCACCGGACAGCCCGGAAGUGGCCAGUAUGAGUCCUACCAGGCGGAUUCCUUUACGCAUGAUACCUAUUCAUACGGGGAGAACUCCUUGUCCUGGGUGAAGGGCGUUGUGACCACCUGCUUGGGUGAUUCGUAUCCUCUGAAGCGCUGUGUCGGGGACGGGGAGCUAAAAUAA